AGCAGGUUAGAAGACCGAGGAAAUCAUUAAGACCUAGGCAGAAGGAACCAUGGUCUCCGGUACGGUGCUCCUUCUUUUGACGGUGUUGUCUGUCUGUGGAAAAGCUGCAGCAGAAAGAAAACUAGUCUAUGUGACUGUGCUGUUUCGACAUGGUGACAGAUCGCCUGUCAAAGCUUAUCCGACCGACCCACAUCAGGAGAACGACUGGCCACAAGGCUUCGGGCAGCUAUCACAGGAGGGGAUGAGGCAGCACUUUGAACUCGGACAGUUUCUGAGAAACAGAUACAAAGGAUUUCUCAACGAAUCCUAUGACCGACACGAGAUCUCAGUUCGCAGUACGGACUACGAUCGCACCCUGAUGAGCGCUGAGUCCAACCUCGCAGGUCUCUACCCCCCCAGUGGUCGGCAGGUCUUCAAUCCAAACAUGCCGUGGCAGCCGAUACCUGUGCACACAGUGCCUCAGAGUGAAGAGAGGCUUCUCUCGUUUCCUUUGGGCGACUGUCCUCGCUACAAACAGCUGAUGAACGAAACUGAACACACAGAACAGUUUCUGAAUGUCACCAAGACAUACAAGGACAUCAUAGAUCUGGUGAGGGAUAAAACGGGACUGAAUAAGACGACCGUGGAGUCGGUGUGGAGCGUGUAUGACACUCUCUUCUGUGAGUCCCGUCACAACAUGUCAGCUCCGGACUGGGUCACCCCUGAAGUUAUGGAGAAACUCAGAAUACUCAAAGACUUUGGAUUCCAGGUCAUAUUUGGGGCCUACAAACAACAGGAGAAGAGCCGGCUGCAGGGAGGUAUUCUGCUGGGUGAAAUAGUGAAGAAUCUUUCCACGAUGGCCGACCCAGAGUCAAAAAAGCAACUGAAAUUCAUGAUGCUGUCAGCGCAUGACACCACUGUAGCUGCUCUUCAGGCUAGCUUGAAUGUGUUCAAUGGAAGACAGCCACCUUACGCCUCCUGUCAGAUAAUUGAGCUGUACAAAGAUGACAACGGUUCUGCCUCUGUUUCCAUGUUCUACCGGAACGAAAGCAAAGCAGACGCCUACCAGCUGCAGUUACCAGGCUGCGCCCUCGACUGCCCCCUGGAGGACUUUGUGAAAAUUACAAAGCUCUCAAUUUCAGAUGACAGGAACAAAGAGUGUCAGCUGCCAUCAGAAGGGAGAGAUAAAGAAGUCAUUAUCAGUUUAGCGGUGUCCGGCUGUCUGCUCCUCUUCCUCAUUACCCUCCUCCUUGGUGUCAUUUGCUGGCAGAAGGAGCCAGUGAGUAACCGGGGUUACCACCACGUGACCAACCGGGAGGUGGGAGAGGAGUCCUGACAGAAGCACAAGCUCCUCCCUCGCAGAGGUACAAACCUCGUGUCAUGGGACAGCAGCGACGAUGAUGAACUCUGAACUCUGACACACUUCUUGAUGACUUCAUCAGCUCUGGCUCGGGACCCAAAAUGAUAUUUUUUACGUGAGAUUCCAUCCAUAGUGGGUCCAUGACUAUUUUUGAGGGAAGAAUGAAACACUUACGGAUGUGAGACUGAUUUCUACAUCAAGAAAACGCAGCAGGGAAGACAUGUUUUGUCUUUUUAACAGUUUUUGACAGUUAAAGCACCUGCAGACGUGGUCUGAAGUUAAUGAUUUUAACUUCAUAGUCCACUCUGUAUUUUUUUUUAAACUGUAUAUUUUGGGACUGAAACAGCUGCAGAAAAGUUUAAAAAGUCCGUUCAGAAAAUGUGUUGAGUCUUUUCAAUGCAAAUAUUUGAUAAAUCAAAGUAACUGUUACCCUAUGACAAAAGACCUAAAUUGACGACCUAAUUAAGAUUUAAGUUAUUUCAACUCAAAGUCCAGCAUUUGUCCACAACUGAUCUGUUUCUUCAGAUCAUUUUUUAACAAGCGAGAUUACUUUUAUCUUGAAUGUGUGUGUAUAAUUGCAAAUUCAUGUGUAUGUCCAUGUGUUCAUGUUUACGUGCACAGCUAUACUCAUGAAUUUGCAUUCUGCUUGUUAGGGUGUGUGUGUGUGUUUACUCAGAGGCCUAAUGACCAUGAUGCCUUAAAUAUUCGUAAUAACAGGAUGCUUUUAUUUUGUUAGUUUUCUGCUUUAAUGUAAGGCUUAAAAUGCUUUUCUUGUAGGAUUACAUGUUCUACAGCAGCAGCAGCAGCAGCAGCAGCAGGGUGGUGUAGCAAACAUCCACCUUCAACUUUCCUUUAAGACACUAAAACACCAGCUUAACUGUGGCUUAGCCGAGCCAGACGCACAAAUCAAGUGCUUACAGGUAGAUAUAAUUUUAGUAAUUAAGUUUUCAUUGUAAAUAGCUGGAAAACUGAAAAUCUUUGCAUUUUUUAAAAUGUUUGUCUUUGAACUAAGUAUCUUUUUAAAUGCAGAACAGCUACUUUAUAGUUUUACUUGAGUGUAAUGGAAAAAAAACAAAAAACUGUACACCUAAACUUCAUCUUACACAGUCUUAACCACAACAUCUGCUGCCUAAUUCAGACGAAUAUGAAUCUCAUAUUUCUAAUAUCGCAAUAAGACAAUACCGAAAUUAACAACAACUGCCAGACUUGUAGUAUUCAACAUGUGUCGAUGUUGUGUGGCCCCACUCAAAAUUGUCAUGUCUUUUUCUUUCAUGCUGAACGAAAUGAUCAGAUUUGAUAAAUUGUUUGUAUAUGUUGUUUUGGAAGAAUAAAAUGAUCUAUUAUUGUGAA